UGCGGUCGCCAAAAUAAUUGGCAAUAAUGUAAAAAAAUUGCAAAAGUUUGCUUCCACAGUGAAGAUGUGGGUCUUUGAGGAGAAUAUUAAUGGGAGAAAACUGACAGAUAUCAUAAAUAAUGAACAUGAAAAUGUAAAAUAUCUCCCUGGAUACAAGCUGCCAGAUAAUGUGGUUGCUGUGCCAAACCUUAAUGAAGCUGUACAGGAUGCAGACUUGCUAGUUUUCGUCAUUCCUCACCAGUUCAUUCAUAAAGUCUGCGAUGAAAUCACAGGACGGGUACCCAAGAAAGCGCUCGGUAUAACUCUCAUAAAGGGAAUAGAUGAAGGCCCGGAGGGACUCAAGCUGAUCUCAGACAUUAUUCGAGAGAAGAUGGGAAUAGACAUCAGUGUGCUGAUGGGUGCUAACAUUGCCAAUGAGGUGGCUGCAGAGAAAUUCUGUGAAACCACAAUAGGCAGCAAAAUCUUGGAAAAUGGCCUUCUCUUCAAAGAACUCCUGCAGACUCCAAACUUCCGAAUAACUGUAGUAGAUGAUGCAGAUACAGUUGAACUUUGUGGUGCUCUGAAGAAUAUAGUAGCAGUAGGAGCUGGGUUCUGUGAUGGCCUUUGCUGCGGUGACAAUACCAAAGCUGCCGUUAUUCGCCUUGGCCUAAUGGAGAUGAUCGCCUUUGCCAGAAUUUUUUGCAAAGGGCAGGUGUCUACUGCCACUUUCCUGGAGAGCUGUGGAGUUGCUGAUCUCAUCACAACGUGUUACGGUGGCCGGAAUCGACGUGUAGCAGAAGCAUUCGUUAAAACUGGAAAGUCUAUUGAAGAAUUGGAGCAAGAAAUGUUGAAUGGUCAGAAACUGCAAGGACCACAGACUUCUGCAGAAGUGUUUCGCAUCCUCAAGCAGAAAGGAAUGCUGGAAAAGUUUCCACUAUUCACUGCUGUUUAUCAAAUCUGCUAUGAAGGAAAACCUGUCAGAGAGAUGAUAUCCUGCCUUCAAAGUCAUCCAGAGCACAUAUAAAAUCAAUCAGGCCAUCGUACUAAUGCAGCUUUCUGCCUUUCAAAUUUAUGUCUGGGUUCAAGUGGAUGUAUUAUUGAGCUUCGUUCAAAGCCGCUCACUAGGCAACAGUAACAACGGGAACGUCUCUGAGCGUGUACCGGUGUUCAUUAUACAGCCUAGUUUGACAUAGCAUGCAGUCUUGGCAUGGUGAUUGUCAUUUUACUGGCUAAAAUGCAACUGUUUUAAGAUACACAAUGCAAAAGUUGCACUUCACAUCUAGUGUGUAUACACAAGUGUACUUUGUGUGUGUUCCUGUACCAUGAAACACCAUGUUUUGUUGUCUCUUAUUAAGGCCUAGUCCAAAAUCCACUGGACAGUGGGGGAAGAAUCCCACUGGUUUUAAUGGAGACUGAACCAAGCCUAUAACCUUGAA